AUGCAGCUCCAGGCCCCCCUUCUCGGCGUUCUAGCCUCGGUGCUCAAUACUCUACAGGCUUGGACAGAUGGCAUUCCUGGUAAGUGGGAGAGCCUUUGGAGCACUCAUCAUACCUUUGACUACGUUGUUGUUGGGGGCGGCACUGCUGGCGUGACUGUCGCCGCGCGUCUGGCGGAACAGAACUUCAAGGUGGCUCUGGUCGAGGCUGGAUAUUCGUACGAAAUUGGGUCACCAACGGCGGUCAUUCCAGGGGCUGCCAGUCUGGGUGUGGGCUCCAGUCCUGGAUCCACAACUGCAGUCGAUUGGCAUUUUGUUGCAAGAGCUGUCCCCGGUGCGAAUCACCGGGAUAUUCAUUAUCCCAGAGGGAAAUGCCUGGGCGGAUCAUCAGCACUGAACUUCAUGGCCUAUCAGAGACCCACUAGAGAUUCAAUGCAACGAUGGGCUGAUUUGGUUCAGGAUCAAAGUUACACCUUCGACAAUGUUUUGCCAUACUUCAAGAAGACUGCCCAUUUCACCCCACCGAAUGAGGGUUUGCGUGCCCCGAAUGCCACAGCGCAGUACAAUCGCAAUGCAUUCGAUAGGAAAGGGAACCAUCCACUCCACGUGUCCUAUCCGGCCUAUGCAAUGCCCUUCUCCAGUUGGAUGAAACUUGGAUUGAAGGAUGUGGGUAUGAAUGAGACCAAUGACUUCAACAGUGGUCACCUGUCUGGCUCUCAGUAUUGCAGUUUCACUAUUCGACCGUCCGACCAGACUCGGAGCAGCUCUGAGACCGCAUUUCUCAGUUCACUAAAUCCCCUGUCGAAAACUUUGAAGAUCUACAAAGGUACCAUGGCAAAUAGGAUACUGUUUGAUUCUCGGAAACGAGCAACCGGUGUUCAGGUCAGCGAUUUGCUCCAGACGUUUACUUUGAAUGCGAGGCGUGAAAUUAUCAUCUCUGCAGGUGUCUUUCACUCGCCCCAACUUUUGAUGGUGUCUGGAAUCGGCCCUGCAGAUACUCUGGAAGAACUUGAUAUAGAUAUCAUUCGGAACGCCCCAGGUGUAGGUCAGAACAUGUGGGAUCAUGUCUUCUUCGGACCAACAUAUCAGGUAGCGGUCGAAACCUAUACAAAAGUUGCGACAGAUCUGAUUUACUUCAUCAACCAUCUGCUUCAAUGGGUAUCUGCCCACAGUGGAGUGCUCACAAACCCAAUCAUCGACUAUAUCGCUUUUGAGAAACUUUCCAAUCAAAUUCGAGCCAACUUCUCAGAGUCUACAGUUAGCGAUCUAUCCUGGUUCCCAGACGACUGGCCGGAAAUCGAGUACCUUUCAGCCGCUGCAUACGUGGGAGACUUCUCGAAACCUCUCCUGUCGCAGCCUUCAGAUGGCAAGCAGUAUGCGACGAUCCUUGGCACGCUUGUUGCGCCAACGUCUCGCGGAAAUGUGACAAUCAUUUCCGCGGACACCUCAGAUCUACCUGUGAUCAAUCCAAACUGGCUAUCUACAGAAACAGAUCAACAAGUUGCAAUUGCGGCGUAUAGACGCAUUCGCGCCAUGUUCCAAAGCGCGGCCAUGGCGCCAAUCGUGGUUGGCACGGAAUACUUCCCGGGCAGCCAGUAUGAAACCGAUGUGGAGAUCCUCGAAGUAAUUCAGAAUACUGUCAUGACUAUAUAUCACGCCGCGUGCACAUGCAAGAUGGGGACGCGGGAUGAUCCCAUGGCCGUUCUUGAUAGCCGAGCGAGGGUCUUUGGCGUGAAGGGAUUAAGAGUGGUCGAUGCCAGUGCAUUUCCGAUUCUGGUGCCUGGGCAUCCCCAGUCUACUGUCUAUAUGCUUGCAGAGAAGAUCGCCGCCGACAUUGCAUCUUCUUCUCUUAGUGACACAGGUGAAUGA